GUCCUUCCGAGGAAGCUAAGGCCGCGUUGGGGUGAGGCCCUCACUUCAUCCGGCGACUAGCACCGUGCCGGCAGUCUACAGCAUGGCUUCCGUCUCCGAGCUCGCUUGCAUCUACUCCGCCCUCAUCCUGCACGACGACGAGGUGACGGUCACGGAGGAUAAGAUCAAUGCCCUCAUUAAAGCAGCUGGUGUCAGCGUCGAACCUUUCUGGCCUGGCUUGUUUGCCAAGGCUCUGGCCAAUGUCAACAUUGGGAGCCUCAUCUGCAAUGUAGGGGCUGGUGGGCCCGCUCCAGCAGCUGGAGCUGCGCCUGCUGGUGGUGCUGCUCCAUCCACUGCCGCCGCCCCAGCUGAGGAGAAGAAAGUGGAGGCAAAGAAGGAAGAGUCCGAGGAGUCUGAAGAUGACAUGGGCUUCGGUCUUUUUGACUAAACUGCUUUUGUUAAGUUGGCUAAUAAAGAGCUGAACCUGUA